AUGGCGACGGUCACAGCCUUGAUAGGUACCUUAUACAAGUACACCGUAGAUGCUACUUUUACUACCACAACUGAAAGCCUAAAUACGCUUCUAAACCAAUUGCAUAUGACCGGAUACAUGCUUUGUAAUGCAGAAUAUCGUCUAUCACUCUAUGAAAAGCUAAAUAACGCAAUCCCUCAAGAUAAUAGUCAGGGGGACACUCCUGAGAAUGACCCGUAUGAAGGGGAGGAGCGCCUGGAAGGAGGCAUAAGUAGAACAGAUGAUUUGCUCACAUUUAUUAGACAACUACCAGAGGCUCAGACUAACUCAUUAACUGAAAAUGCGAGUGUACAGGCUAUUCAAGUCUUAAAGUCGGUGGCACAAGUUGUGGUUCAGGGACUAGCUGCCAACAGCAAACAACAGUCUUCGCUGCAAUUGGAUUUUGUUAACAGGGGUAACAAACAAUUCCUAGCGCCCAUAGCUUUGCCUCUUAUUACACAAAAUGCAGUUUCCAUUAAGCAGUUGUGUCUAUGGCACUUGGCAUUGGGAUAUACUGUGAGGCAAAUUGAGGUGAGGCAUCAAAUACAAGAGUCCCUAGAACAAGAUAGUUGA